AGUCGACGGAUCGGACGGACGGCCGAGUGUCGAGGUGGCUUGAGCGUGAGGGAGAGAGAGAGAGCAACACCGCCCCACUGUCCAUCACUUCCACCGCAUACACUCAGCACCAACCAGCGUAAAGAUGGCAGACGAUGGUGCAUCACCGGAGGAACAACUCCUCUUUGCCUGUCGCUCAGACAACCUCGACCUCUUCACAACUCUCACUUCCACCUCUGACACUCAGCUCAACGUCAACACCACCGACUCGAUAGGACGCACACCUCUCCACCUAGCCGUCAUGUACCAGAGCACAGAUGUAUUGCCUCAGCUCCUCGAAGAAGAGGUAGAUGUAGAUCUGCAAGAAAGCAAGGAGGGAGACACGCCAUUACAUUCAGCGUGUAGGCUGGGAGAAGAGGAAGAUGAGGAGAGGAGGAAUUGGAUUGUCGACCAACUCCUCUCUUCGGGCGCGGAUCCUCGCGUACGCAACCACUCUAACCAGAAGCCCGUAGACGUACUUGUCGGAGCAGCAAAGGAGCGUCCUUUGGGUCAGGAGCUGUACAGAAUGUUGAGAGAGGCAGAGGCUCAGGCUGGCUUCUCGCAGAAGGGGGACAUCGUCGAUGAGGAUGAUGAUGAGAGCGAUGGAGGAACACCUUCGGAUGAUGAUUGAGAGCAGAGGGGAAAGCUACUGCCUGCGAGAGAUGAAGCGUAAAUACAUGGGUAUGAAAGCUAAAAGCGUGUGUUCUGGAGGCUUUAACAUCACGAACGAUGCGAGCGUUUCGCACUGGGUAGCCAGAGCUGCUUGAGCCUGCCCUGCACAACGGGGUGUUCGUAGGUGUCGGCCCCUUCUUCGUCUUCACCCUCUCC